CUUAACUACGGUCGCACAGUUGCAGAGAGGAAAAAAAAAAAAAAAGAAGAAGCAAGAACCAAAAACAAUGGAACACAAAGAAUUGAACCUUCUCAAUGAAGCAUUAGGGUUUCACAACAACAAUCUCUACGGUCGAUUCGUUCUUGUAGAAGACACUGUUGACACAACCGCUGCUUUUGUUCUUCAUCAAAUCCUCAAGCACUCAUUCUCUUCUCAUCCUUCUUCAUCUGUUAUCUUCCUCGCCCUCUCUCACCCUUUCUCUCACUAUGAUCGCAUUCUCAGAAAAAUUGGUUGCAACUUGGCUGCUCAAAGAGAUAAUAAGAGAUUCUUUUUCAUUGACAUGCUAAUGUUACAGUUUCCAGAUGAAGGAAAACCCAAUGACGUUGGGUUUGCUGCUGUAUUUGAGAAAAUAGAAAGUGUGAUCAAGGCAUUACCUCAAGACAACACAAAAUUUGUUACUAUAAUGAUCGAUGAUAUCUCUUUUCUUCAAGUUGCUGCUAAUGGAUCUUCAAAUGACGUUUUAGACUUCCUGCAUUAUUGCUAUACUCUAACAUCAGAAUAUGGUUGUGCGUUCAUUGCACUUGACCAUAAGGAUAUUUAUUUGAAUGAAGAGAAGCCUGCUAUUAUCUCGGAGAUGGAGUACCUUGCUGACAUUUUGGUCAAGGCUGAACCAUUGGCCACUGGCUUGGCAAAAGAUGUACAUGGACAGUUGAUGGUGUUACAUAAACAACAUGGAAUUUCACCCGUUAAGAUUCACAACUUUCAUUUCAAGAUCAAGGAAAAUAGCAUAGAAUGUUUUUAUCCAGGCACAAAAAUUUAGUGCUAUGAAAAAUGCUUGUACAAAUAGCAUGUGUAAUCUUGAAAGAGAGAAUGAUAGCACAUAUUUUAUGUUGAAGUUCCUGCACUUGAAAGAAUGUUAUUCUUUAUUUUCAAUUAGAAGCUUAUUUAUUUUAGCACA